AUGGCUGUUUUCUUUGGGGCGAGAUCAUCGCUGAACAGAUUCUCCUUCUUGAGAUCCAAUGUGGCAUUUAUCAGAUCUGUAGUUGCGUUCCCUAAUACAAGACUCAUCUUCUAUCGGAAAUCACAGACGGAUGGAUCUUUGCAGGUCUAUGCAUCAAAGAAGAGCUCUAAUCCAAGGAUUGUGUACUUGCCACUUGAUUACAAUGAACAGAUUAAAGCAUUGCUCGGUAGAUGGGCGAUGAUAAACGAGGAAGCUACCAAAUCCAGUAUUAAUAUCAGACGGAGGCUAAACUUCACGUGCGUGUUUCUCGGAAUGGAUGAAAAUCCAGGAACAAAGGAUUCCGUUUUCCCAGAAGAACAUGAAAGUCGGCAUCUGGCAAGGCUGACAUUUGAAAAGCAUUCGGGUAUUCCAGUUCUUGCGGUUGAUAUUUCUGGUAAUGCCGAAUUUCAAGAUCUCCUCGAUAAGAUUAUCGAUGAUGCCGAAUUCACCUCCAGCAUAACAGAUAUCUUGAAUCUCUCUCCAAUUGAUGCUGCCGUGUUUUCUUAUGCGAAAAUGUACCUUGAUUGGUUGUUGAAGAACCAGUUUUGCCCUGGAUGUGGAAGUUCCGUCUCUCCAAUAUGGGCAGGCACUAAACUUCAAUGCACAAAUGAGGAGAAAGAGGUUGGCAAAGAUGGUGAGUCCGUUUUCAAAUGUCCAGUGAGGAGGACCAGAGUGAAUAAUGUAUGCUUCCCGAGAAUAGAUCCAGUCAUUAUCAUUGCACUUCGGAACAGCAAGGGUGACAAAAUUUUGUUGGGACACAAUGCUAGAAGAAAGCAGCUUGAUAAAAGAUUCUUCUCGUGUUUUUCCGGGUUCAUGGAGCUUGGUGAAACAAUUAGAAGCACAGUUAUUAGAGAAGUGUGGGAAGAAACAGGCCUUAAGCUCAAGAACAACAUAAAAAUAAUCAAGAGUCAGCCAUGGCCGUUUCCGGCAAAUCUCAUGAUUGGAUGUAUUGGAACAACCGAAGAAGGAUCGGAAAAUAACAUUACAACGCAUUUGGACUGCGAGUUGGAUCAUCUAGAAUGGUUCGAUGCCAAUUAUAUCGCAGACAUUGUCUAUGGCCGGCCUACUGAUGGGAGAAUCAAGCUUCCUCAAAAGGGAAGUGUUGCUUUUGAGCUAAUCAAGAUGGUGACGGAUGAUUGUAUCAGCACCAAACUUUAA